AUGCUAUCGAGAGUUAACUUGGUCGCGAUUCUGCUGACCUUGAAUUGCGUUAGCCGCGCGACCGAGCAUUCGAGAUCGGCGCUAGAGAAAUGGCAGGAGGAAGAGAGAGCCGUCACUUCCGGCAAGAAGGUCCUCAGGCACGCGUAUGAGAAUGUCACACCCGAGAGCCCUGUUUCUUCGGUCAACGGUCGCAACGCGAGGGACAAGGUAGCCAAGACCCAUCGUUCAAUCGAGCAAGACAUCUAUAAUGCAUAUUCCAAGAUCGAAAUGGAGGCCCGAGAUGAAGCACGGCGUAAGAAACGGAAGGCAACGAUUGGCAAAACUAUGAUGGCGUUACUGAUGGCGUACAAACUGAAAUUUGUUGCUCUAAUACCAACGAUACUCGGAGGUUUGAUUCUUCUUAAAGGAACAACGCUACUCGCGGGAUUCUUCUUCGCUCUAUUCGCCGCCGUUCUCGGACUGAAAGUACACUGACAACCAAGUCAAGCAGGAUCUAUGGAAGGAGCGCGCACCAAGAAUACACUAAGAAGUGAGAAUGACAUACGACUUUAUUUCGUAAUAAUUUACAGUCAGAUUAAACUUGUAUAACUAAUCGUUGUUAUCUUUGAGAAAGUAUUGAACGCCUGUGUGCACAAAGUAACACUUAAGGCCGAAUUUAUAAUCGCUUCUCGGAGUCAAACACGU